GUGCAAUCUCAGUAGCAGACUCAUGACCAAAAGUUGACCGUACGAAGUUAUUCUGUUCCCCUUUAUUGUUCCUUGAUGUCGCUGUCUCAACCGCCCAAAGCCCUGUUGACCGACGUGUUUGGCACCGUCGUCGACUGGCGUAGCACGGUCGAGAAGCACCUCACGCUCUCCGCGUCUGAAUCGCUCAACUCCUCCACCAAAUCCAUCCCCAGUGCUGUCCGCGCAGCCGCCUCGGACGUAUCCUGGCCUGCCGUGGCACAGUUGUGGCGCAACUCGUACUAUGAGUUCACGCGCACCUACGACCCCAGCGCAAAGGACCGCACGGACUUCAAGACGGUGGACCAACACCACGUCGAGGCGCUGCACAAGAUCCUCGUGGACCACGGCCUCGACGGUCUCUGGACCGACGAAGAGGUUCAAAAGAUAAGUAUGAUAUGGCACUUUCUAGACCCGUGGCCCGACUCCUCCUCAGGGUUGGCGCGGUUGAACCAGGCCUUCGUCACCGCCACCCUCAGCAACGGCAACACCAGCCUGCUCUCCGAUUUGGCCCAGCACGGCUCGUUGCCGUAUACUCACAUUGUCUCGGCCGAGGACUUCGGCGCUUACAAACCGCAUCCAAGUGUCUAUCUGGGUGCCGCGAAGAAGCUCGGCGUCGAACCACAAGAGUGCGCUUUGAUCGCCGCUCACUUGGGAGAUCUCAAGGCAGCCCGCGGGUGCGGCUAUCAGACAAUAUAUAUCGCCAGGGCCCAAGAAGAGUCGUGGCCCUCCGAGGACACGGCAAAAGCCAAACGAGAAGGUUGGGUUGAUAUGUGGAUUGGCCUGGACGAAGGCAAGGGAGGUUUUCUGGAAAUUGCAAAAAGAUUCGGGCUCGGUUGAUAAUACAGUUACAAUUCACUUUUGCCUGUGGCUGGGUCUAGAUCAUUCGCGAGCUUGAGCAAAGCAAUGCCAUACUAGAUUUCACUUCAA